AUGGCUUUUCUUUUCAGCAUAUUAGGCCUUGCCAGUGAGCAGGUUUUGGGUCUGACCAUAGUCGCCCUCCUCGUCUACCUAGCACGUAACUAUUUCACUCCAGGUGUGGUCUCAAUUCCAGGCCCUUUCGCUGCUAAGUUUUCAAACCUCUGGAGAUUCGUUGAUGUAGCUAGAGGUCGUCCGGAUAUUACAUUACAUAAAUUGCACCAGAAAUAUGGCGACUAUGUCCGACUCGGGCCAAACGUGGUCAGCGUACGGAACCCGGAUGUCUUGAAGACAAUCUACGGCAUCAACAAGGGUUUCCGCAAGACAAACUUCUAUCGUGUCCAGCAACAACUUGCCAAUGGGAAACCAACACAGACGCUUUUCACAACGCUGGACGAAGAUUUUCACGCGGCAAUCAAGCGUCCGAUAACAUCAGCUUAUUCGAUGAGUACAUUAACAGGUUUUGAGCCUUUUGUUGAUACCACAAUCGACAAUCUCUUCAAGCGACUGGAUGAGUUUGUCGAGGAUGGGAAAGGAUGUGAUAUCGCCGUUUGGAUGCAGUAUUAUGCCUUCGAUGUGAUUGGAGAAUUGACGUACAGCAAGCCUCUAGGUUUCCUAGAGCAAGGACGUGAUGUAGAUGGAAUCAUUGCAUCGUUGGAGAAGAUACUCGAUUACGCAGGAAAAAUUGGCCAAAUGCCGUGGCUUGAUUAUUUCCUCAUCAAAAAUCCCUUAAGACAGUUCUUAUCUGGCGGAUCAACAGGCGCUGUUGCGCGCUUUGCUCGGGAUCGCAUGCGUGAGCGGCUACAAUCACCGCACAAGAGUGAUGAGUUUCGCAAGGAUUUCCUUUCUCGCUUCCUCGAAGCAAAAGUCCGUUCGCCUAAAGUCGUCGAUGAUGCCCAGGUGUUCUCAUACACUGUUAGCAACAUGAAUGCUGGAUCAGACACCACUGCGAUAUCCCUCCGGGCUAUCUUGUACUACACCAUGAAGGAUGAACGGGUUAUGAACAAAUUAUGCCAGGAGCUGCGUGAUGCCGUCGACGUCGGCAAAAUCUCAAUACCAGUAUCCUGGAAACAGAGCCAGGAGCUGCCCUACCUUGACGCGGUAAUUAAAGAAGCUCUCCGUCUCCAUCCUGCAGUAGGGCUACUGUUGGAGCGAGUCGUGCCAGAAGGUGGUCUGCAACUGCCGAACGGACCAUUGCUCCCACCCGGGACUAUUGUAGGAGCUAAUCCGUGGAUCAUUCAUCGCCAUUCAGUGUUCGGAGACAAGGCAGAGGACUUUAUACCGGAGCGAUGGCUACGAGCAGAGGACGAAUCCGCAAUAGCAUUCGAAGAACGCCGACAGAAGAUGAUUCGAGCUACGCUAACUUUCGGGGCGGGACCGAGGACCUGUAUCGGGAAGAAUAUCAGUUUGUUGGAAAUAUACAAGCUGAUUCCAUCACUGCUUCUCACAUAUGACAUUCAACUACUGGACCCAAGUGCUGAGUGGGAAAUAACCAACGCCUGGUUUGUUCGUCAGAAGAACAUUAUUGUGAAAUUGACCAGAGUCUGA